AUGAAAAUCAAGUUACUAUUGACGGUGUUCUUGAUAUUUGCUAUAUCAGAUAGCGAAUCUUAUAAAAUAUUAGCAGUGUUUCCUAUACCGUCUAUAAGUCAUCAAGUGGUGUUUAGGAAAGUAACCCAAGAACUAGCAAGAAGAGGGCAUGAGAUCACAGUGAUAACACCAGAUCCUGCAUAUCCAAACGGAGGUGCCCCAUCAAAUUAUAUUGAAAUAGACGUAAAUGAUAUAUCUUACUCUUUAUGGGCGCAGGUUGUUACACAUGGUUUCAACAUUACUGGUGAACCGAUGACGUUUGACGAUAUCAGAGAAGGGUGUAAAUUUUUUGCUUCUUUAUUUCAACUACAAUUUGAAACAAAAGCAGUCCAGGAAGUUAUUUCGGAGAAUAAAAAAUAUGAUUUGAUACUUAUUGAAUCUAUCGUUCGACCAGCUCUGGCAUACUCUUACAUAUUUAAAGCGCCAGUUAUUUUAGUCAGUUCAUUUACUGCUGUUUUUAGUAACCAUAAAGUUGUAGGAUCACCCACGCACCCUUUGCUGUUUCCAAUAUCGUUUCGACAUCGUUUGUACAAUUUAUCGUUUUCUGAAAAAAUACAUGAGUUGUACUUACAUUACAUGUAUGAAUAUGCGGAUUAUUUGAAUGAAAUAGAAGAAUCGAAUAUAUUAAGAAAAAUAUUUGGACCUAAGUUUCCAUCUUUACAUGAAUUAGGUAAUAAUGUUGAUAUGCUGCUAUUAAACAUACAUUCUUUAUGGGCCGACAAUCAGCCAGUUGCCCCCAACGUUAUUUACAUGGGUGGUAUUCAUCAGUUACCACAAAAGGAACUGCCGAAGGAUCUCAAAUUCUAUUUAGAUUCUUCUAAAAACGGUGUCAUAUACGUCAGCUUUGGUACCAAUGUCUUAUCUAAUAUGAUUCCUAAAAAACAAGUAGUUUCAAUUAUAAAUGUCUUAUCUAAACUACCCUACGAUGUUCUGUGGAAAUGGGAUGGUGAUUCAUUACCUUUAAAAUCUACAAACAUAAGGACUUCGAAAUGGUUUCCUCAAUCGGACUUGUUAAGACAUCCGGCUAUAAAACUUUUUAUAACACAAGCUGGUCUUCAAUCAACUGAUGAAGCAAUAACUGCAGAGGUUCCUCUUAUUGCUUUUCCAAUGCUUGCCGAUCAAUGGUUUAAUGCAGAAAAAUACGAAAAAUUUGGUAUUGGUAUUAAGUUACAAAUUUUAUCGUUCACGGAAAAACAAUUAGAGAACGCCAUUGACGACGUCAUUAAUAACGAAAGUUAUCGAAGAAAUAUUAUCAAACUUCGUCAUCUAAUGCGUGAUCAACCCGAAACACCUUUGAACCGAACGAUAUGGUGGAUAGAGCACGUGUUGAGGCACGGGGGAGCGAAGCAUUUACGAUCACCCGCAGCUAAUAUGUCAUACAUCGAUUAUUUUGAAAUCAAAUUAAUGUUAUUUGUUCUCUUAUUAAUUACAGUAUGCAUAUUAGCAUUUAUUUUAGUUCUUAAAUAUGCUUUGAAGUUUAUAUAUCGAAACUAUGAAAAUGCUACUACGGGAGUUUCUCCGGCCGUCGCGUUGUUAGGACGUCGCUUACGAGGACGUCUGGGCGCGUUACGCCCGAACGUGUCAAAGAUCGUGGAGUCGGUGCAAGAUAGGCAGGUUGCUAAUAAAAUGGGGUCAACACGUCAAAUUAAAGUAUUGGAUGACGUUAUGGUACGCAAUUAUACUAAGAAAGGAACUAAGUGGACAGAGGGAACUGUAAAAGGUCAGUCGGGUCCAGUGUCGUAUAAAGUAGAUGUGGGUGAUGGAGUAACGUGGCGUAGGCAUCACGAUCAAGUGAUUAAACUAAAUAAAAAAGAUCGGUUUUCUUUAUCGCGGACUAACCAGCACGGCUCGGAAAUUCACAAAGGGAAAAAUGAGAUCGAAAAUGUUAGCGAGUGGAGGUCGGCCGGUUGUGAGGGUAAGGAGGAAGGGUUUGAGGACGCGGCAGGAGAAGCCGAGCACAGUGGCCCGGAGACAUGUUCAUUGUCGCCUGGACCGCUUUAUUUAAUGUGUGCAUUAUCACGGAUUGAAGCAGCAAAUAUUUUAGGAGUAUUUCCUGUACCAUCCAUUAGUCAUCAAGUGGUGUUUAGAAAAAUAACUCAAGGUUUGGCAAAUAGAGGUCACAAUGUUACCGUCAUAACACCAGACCCGGCGUAUAAGAAAGGCGAAGCGCCUCCUAACUACCACGAAAUAGACGUUCACGAUAUUUCUUAUGCAGUUAAACAAAAGUUUUUUAAACUCAAAGCACAUGUCUUUGGGACUGUUAUGACAUUCAGUGAUAUAAGGGGAUCUUUUGAAUUCAUGAAGGAAAUAUUUCAAGCACAGUUGCAAACAGAGGAGGUGCAGAAAAUAAUAUCGGUUAACACCAAAUUUGAUUUGAUUUUAAUCGAAUCUGUUAUACGUCUAGGUUUAUCAUAUUCACAUCUGUUUAAGGCACCGGUUAUAUUAGUUAGCUCAUUUACAGCUGUUUUCGAUAAUCACAAUGUUAUGGGAUCUCAAACUCAUCCUCUUUUGUAUCCAAUACCUUUUCGUAACCGGUUUUAUAAUCUCGCGCUGACUGAAAAGUUACAACAAUUAUAUAUUCAUGCUUAUGCUGAGUACGCAGAUUAUUUAAAUAGAGAAGAAGAAGAUGCUUAUUUAAAAGAAUUUUUCGGUCCUCAAUGUCCAUCGCUGAAGGAACUGAAUAAAAAUGUUGACAUGUUGCUAUUAAAUGUCCAUCCAAUAUGGGUAGACAAUCAGCCGGUUGCCCCCAAUGUAAUUUAUAUGGGUGGUAUACAUCAGUUGCCCGAAAAACAGCUACCACUGUCUACUGAUGAAGCCAUUACAGCAGGAGUUCCUCUCGUAGCGAUUCCAAUGUUAGGGGACCAAUGGUUUAAUGCUGAGAAAUAUGAAAAGUUUGGUAUCGGUAUUAAAUUAGAUGUUAAGACCUUAUCACCAGAUCAACUAUCCAAAGCCAUUGAAAAAGUUAUAAGUGACGAAAGCUAUCGUCACAAUAUAUCAAAACUUCGUGAUCUAAUGCGUGAUCAACCCGAAACACCUCUUAAUCGGACCAUGUGGUGGAUUGAAUAUGCAUUAAGACAUGGUGGUGCAAAACAUUUACGAUCGGCUGGAGCUAAUAUGUCAUAUUGGGAAUACUUUGAAAUGGAAUUAAUAUUAGCGAUUCUCUUAGGGAUAUUAUUUCCCGUACCAUCUAUCAGUCAUCAAGUGGUAUUUAGAAAAAUAACUCAAGGUUUGGCAAAUAGAGGUCACAAUGUUACCGUCAUAACACCAGACCCGGCGUAUAAGAAAGGCGAAGCGCCUCCUAACUACCUUGAAAUAGACGUUCACGAUAUUUCUUAUGCAGUUUUACACAACAUUUUAAAACAGCAAGUACAAGUCUUUGUAGAUAUUAUAACAUUUACUGAUAUAAGGGGAACUUCUAUGUUUACGAAGGCGAUAUUUCAAGCACAGUUCGAAAAACGAGAGGUGCAGAAAUUAAUAUCUGAGCGGCCUAAAUUUGAUUUGAUUUUAAUCGAAUCUAUUAAUAGUCUCGGUUUAUCAUAUUCACAUCUGUUUAAGCACCGGUUAUAUUAG